UGGACCAUCAAACAUCCCAGCGCGACAUAUACGGUAGCUCAUGGAUAACCCAGGAUGGCAUGCUUUCCGGCGAGCGGACAAGGACGAAGCACGAUGGAGUAUGCCACACAGAGGGCCCGACGGCCGCUUCCAACCUGUCGAGGAGGUCGGUCCAAUGGCCGAGCCAUUCGUCGGUGGCUUCCUCCCGCCACCGUCGCCCGUGCCCUCGCUUGGACGCGGUCCCCCGCCGCCGUUGCCCCCCAAGGACGGCAACUGGGACCAGCUGAAUGUGCGGCUGCCGAGUAAAGCUAGCCUGUCCGAUACCAUGUCGCGCACAGAGUCGACCCUGUCGGGCGCGAACUCGACGUACUCGACGUUCGCGAACAUGAGCGCCGUCGAGCGGUCCAAGCACCUCCGCGUCGCGCGCAUGAACCCGCAUCUGCAGUACAUGGUCGGCCCUCUCCUGCGCUACGACACCGUGGACGAGCAGGGCGUGUGGCGCGGCGCGGCGAUGAUAGUCACUGCGGACGCGGGCUCUGUGUAUGAGCCCCUGCCUACUUUGACGUAUCAUUGGGACCCGGACCUCACGCCGUCCGGAAGUCAGCUCAAGAGGCACGUUUCGUCGCGGACCCAUGGGCAGUCUUUCGACCUCGGGCCACACCCAGCGGACCCGAUGUCUAUUGUCACGCCCGGGUCUCCGACUAGGGAGAACGAGACGUACGGCAAUGGCCACGACGCUCAUGUCGAGCGGCGGCGCGUUGAAGGGAAGGAGCUUUACGUGUAUUACGGUAAUGGCGGGCAAGUUUCCAAAUCUCUUGUCAGAUACGUCCAACACCUGACAUGGAACGGAACGCACAGGACGUUCACCUUUUGGCGCUUCAUGAUUGAGAUACCCUUAACAAGCCACGAGAUGCGGAUUAAUUACACCAUCAACGAUGGCAUCGAGCUGAACUUCCACGUACCGGGCCGUAAUCAGAACAUGCGUUGGGCCGCGUAUUCAUGUAAUGGAUUCAGUUCCGGCGUGAACCCCGAUGACUUCCGAGGGCCCGGGUACAAGAGCGGCUACGAUCCGGUAUGGAUGGACCUCCUUGCUCAUCAUGCUGAGGAGCCGUUCCACGCGCUGGUUGGAGGCGGCGACCAGCUUUACUGCGACAGUAUUGUUCGGGAGCCGGAAAUGCAAGAUUGGGUCAACCAGACAAAGGCAGAAAACAAGAGGCAUUAUCGGCUAACGGAGGAGAUGGCUCUGGCGAUUGACCGUUUCUUCUUCAACCACUAUUGUCAGUCGUUUCGUAGCGGUGCAUUCGCCCGGGCAAACAGUACAAUAGAGGAGUUAGUUUCUGUCCGUUCUGGAUCUGAUACACCGCUCGUGAAGAUCGACGGUUUUGGCAGCUAUCCUGAUGAUUUGAUGCGGUCCCCAGUAUUCAAUACGAUCGGGUCGCGUGGCUAUUUUUUCUUCCUCUUAUUCCAGUGCUUCAUCAAUGUCGAAGUUGACGGAAGGGAUGACCGACGGCACCCUUUCAAAUCGCUUGUCAUCGGCGGCGAUGGCCCAUAUAUCCCAUACCCGUCGCAUUCGUUCCUGUGCUACUUGGGUCCUCAUGUGUAUAUGCUGCUCCUCGACUGCAGAGCGGAACGCAAGAAGGACCAAGUUUGCAGUCAGCGGGAGUACGAAGCCGUCUUUGCUCGCAUGAAGGCGCUUCCGUCUACGGUGGAGCAUAUGGUCAUCCAGACAGGUAUACCCAUCGCUUAUCCGCGAAUGGUCUUCCUUGAGACCGCCCUUGACUCGAAGUUCAACCCCUUGGUCGCUCUCGGUCGCAAUGGUUCUUUAGGUCUGUCGGGCUUCGUCAACAAGUUCAACGCGGACGCUGAGCUCCUUGAUGACCUGAACGACCAUUGGACCGCAAAGGCGCACAAGAAGGAGCGGAACUGGUUUAUCCUCGAGCUCCAGAAGUACGCCAAGGCGACCCAUGUACGCGUCAGCUUCAUUUCGGGCGACGUCCAUUGCGCUGCCGUCGGGCUGCUCAAGACGUUCGUCAAGGACAAGAAAAGGGGCGAUGUACCUCCGCCUUUGGACCCGCGAUACAUGGUCAAUGUUGUUUCCAGCGCUAUCGUGAACACACCACCACCGAAUGGCGUGAUCAGCCUGGUGUCUACGCUUGCCUCUAAAACUCAUCGAACACUCCAUCACCAGGAGACGGAUGAGACCAUGAUACCCCUUUUCGAGAGGGAUACUGAUGGGUCCGCGCCAAAGAGCAGGUAUAUCAUGGGCAAGCGAAACUGGUGUAGCGUAAAAUGGGAUCCUUCAUCCGGGGACCUCAUCUGGGAUAUUCGGGUGGAAAUCUCGAAGGGGAACGGCCAGACGACAGGUUAUGCCGUCCGGUCCCCUCCGCCACGGUGGUGAUCGCCGAAUGUGCAAACUUUGACAUCCUCCCACAUGCUAUCCUCUCCAGCUCACGUUCACGCAAGCUAUCUUAUAUUCGACGUGACACCGCUCGCAUUCAUGCUGAGAUUUCCGUCCUUUGCAGAGCUGUGCUAAUCGCUGCCGUUCCUUAUACCCCCCACUGUAUCUAUUACCAGUAUCUCACUGAUGUAAUGUGUCCUACUCUGUCUGAUGCACAACUACUUUCAAUCAUGUUGAACGUUACAAUAAGCUGAUAGUCAGCGGCGAACACCGUACGAAUAGGAGACAGCGUCUUCUAUCGGGUCCACCUCUGCGAUGUCUACAUCUCCGUCCGUCUCAACACCGCCAUCGUGCUGCGUAGGCUCAACAUCCUCAUAGUCUGUAUUAUAUGCGCUGUUGUCGUGGUACCCUGCCAGUCCAGCGAUUUGUGCAUCGAGACUGGACGUUGCAGUGGGCGCGGGCGAUGGAAUACGCUCGCUGCCCGGCGUCGCCGCGUCGUGAACGUCAGGAGUGUCGAAGGAUGGAAUGAUCAUAGCUGGCGCAUAGCGCUCGUCCUCCGCCACCGCAGGGUCAUUACGGGGAAAGACACCGAGCGUCGGCGCUGGGGACUGCUCCGCCGUCUUAACCCGCUUGUUCGACGAGGUGUCGUGCGGCUUUUGUGCGGUCUUGCGCUCGCGCCGCGCCGCAGCCUGGGCUUUGCGCUUCGCUUUCUGCUGUUCCGCCUUCUCGUGCUUCGCGUGCUCUUCCUCGGCGUCCACAUGAUGUCUUGGCGCCUCCUUCUCUUCUUGCUCGUCCAAAGCCCACUGCUCCUGCAUGAACUCGCUGUACCGCUCGCAGACCGGACGCCAUGUAGGCCUGCUAUCCGGCUGGGGUUUGAUGUCCACCUCUGCAGGAUUUGCGACCACAGCGUCGAUGUCGGGCGGGGGAGGGAAGGAAAAAUCGGGACCGGGGUUCAUCUGGACCUGCGCGCCAUUGAAGAGGGAGACGAACGGAUAGUAGCCCAGAGUGCCAUCAUCGAAGGGGUUCUCCUUGUGCUCGCGAAUGCCCUCCUUGUUCGCACGCUUCUUCUGCUCUGCCUUGCUCGGGGGCCUGCGCAGCGGAAGGUAGUCAAACAGGUCCUGGAAAGCGAUGCCCUGGCACUCGCCGUUGAUGAAGAACGCUAUGUACGACUCGGGCCCGAGCGUCGGUAGGGGUCGCAUGGGGGUUGUCUCCUGUGGCGCGCCCUUCCCGCGUCCGGUCGAGGGGAGGUUCUUCACGGUUGCGCUCUUCUUCGUUGAGGACGACGGCAGGGACUUCGCGUCCGUCGCCUUCGAGCGGUCGCUCGCGUCCAUUAGCGCGAUCAUCUCCUUCGUCUGCGGGUACUCGAGCGACUCGAAGUACUCCUGGCCCUUGUACUCGAUCGCGAUCCGCUCCCGCUUGAUGUGUGCCGGGUCAUAUGGGUCACGCUUGUCCGGCUUGCGCCUUGGGGGGAGGCAAAUGUACAUGCCGACGACGUCCCCAGUCUGGAACGCGCGGCCAUAUGGCCGCGGGCGCGAGAGGUGCACCUUCUCUCCGGUCUUGUCGCGCACGGCGUAGCUGUAGCCGUCAUAUCCCGCAGGCGCAUUCAGCGGGGCUUCGCGACGCGCCCAGCCUAGGCGGACGUGACUGCCCUCUUUGCGCUUCAUUCCUGUAGGUUUGUCUCCGGAACCCAACUCGAUCUUUACUUCCAUGUACCACCGACCCUCGCGCAUAGGCGCGUUGCAGCGCGCGCUCCGGAAGCCCUUCUCUCCUUGCAAGCGAAGACCGUCUUGUGUGACUCUAAUGAAGGGGCUUCGGUCUUCCCAGGAGACGCGAAAGUGCGUAGGGUGUGAUUCAAUAGUGCGGAAGGGAAUAGCGUUCUCCGGCGAGGUGACUCCUGCGGGGGUGUAGCGGAAGUUCAGGCGAUUGAAGCAAAGGGGUUCUGUAGUAUAAAAUUGGGACCCUGGUACCACAGGAACGAAACCUGGGUGCCGUGAGAUGCUCAAGCGUGGCCGGGAGGCGAGGUCAGCAUGGCGCGAGCUGAGGACGAGGUUCUCCGGCGCCGGGGUGCCUGCGCCUGGGUCGGAGGGGACUGGCGACGAGACGGCUGCGUGCGCGAGUGCGGCAUGCUUGCGCUUUUUGCUGUUGUGGAGCUGGUGGUGGGUGAGAGGGAUGGGUACGGGAGGAGGGGUGGCGACUGCUGACGGGGAGACCUCGCGGGCGGUGGCUGGGACCUCCAUACCGAGCCUUGUCAAACCGCCUGUUGGCGAGACAUUCGCCUAAGUCUAGGUGGUACUCACAAGAGGGGUCUGAGAGCAAAUCAGUCCUUCUCGUGAUGCAGUCAACGGUCUACCGUCAGUCCGGGAUAUUGGAUGCGGCCCACGUCGCUGAAUCACGUUCACAAUCCGAUAGAAAGCCAGCAGGAAAGUUAUGAGAGGAAACAGCAAUGUUCUUGUACCCUGGAGCUGCAGUGGG